AUGAAGUUCAGUGCUGACGUUAGCUCCUCGCGCAGAAAGAGCAGAAAGGCUCACUUCACUGCUCCCUCCAGCAUUCGCCGCAAGAUCAUGAGCGCCCCUUUGUCCAAGGAGCUCAAGGAGAAGCACAGCACUCGCGCCAUUCCUGUCCGCAAGGACGACGAAGUCAUGGUUGUCCGCGGUACCUACAAGGGCCGUGAAGGCAAGAUCGUUCAGGUCUACCGUAAGAAGUGGGUUAUCCACAUUGACCGUGUCACUCGCGAAAAAGUCAACGGUGCCACUGUCCCCAUUGGCAUUCACCCCUCCAAGGUUGUCGUCACCAAACUCAAGAUCGACAAGAGCCGUCAGGCCAUUCUCGACCGCAAGGCCAAGAAAGAUGCUAUGCAGCAGGUAAAGAACUUAACUGCGGCUCUGCAAUAA